GUGAGCUCUGCUCUGAUAAUUAACAAUGAGGGUCAACAUUUCAGCUGGCUGUGUUGUGGUGGCUCUCCUGUGUGUGUUUCUUGUGAGCGAUUCGGUUGUGGGUGAUGAAGAUCCUAAGGUUAAGGACGAUAAACACUUGUUUUUUAAGCGCCCAGUCCCGCAUUUUGUUAAGGGAGGAGGCCUAGGUGGAGGCAUUGGUGGAGAAGGUGGCCUAGGGCAUGGGAUUUAUAGGAAGGGGUUUAAGCAUGGAAGAUUUCCUCGAGGUGGACUUGGCGGCGGUCUAGGAGGCUCAGGUGGGCUUGGCGGUGGCGCAGGAGGUGGGUUAGGAGGUGGCGGUGGCCUUGGAGGAGGGGGUGGUCUAGGGGGAGGUGCUGGAGGUGGGUUGGGAGGCGGUGGAGGUGCAGGAGGCGGUUUAGGCGGAGGAGCUGGAGGUGGUUUAGGCGGAGGUGCUGGUGGAGGUUUAGGCGGCGGAGGUGGACUUGGCCACGGUGGGGGUCUAGGUGGCAGAGGUGGACUUGGACAUGGUGGGGGUCUAGGUGGAGGAGGUGGACUUGGCCACGGUGGCGGUGCUGGAGCCGGUGGUGGAGCUGGAGGAGGUGGUGGCCUUGGCGGUGGAGCUGGAGGAGGUGGUGCAGGUGGAGGCUUUGGCGGUGGUGCAGGUGGCGGGGCUGGAGGAGGUGUUGGAGGUGGUGCUGGUGGAGGGGGUGGGUUUGGGGGUGGUGGAGGAGUUGGUGGUGGAGCCGGUGCUGGAGGAGGGUUUGGAGCUGGUGGUGGAGUAGGGGGCGGAGGAGGUGGUGGGUUUGGUGGAGGUGGCGGAGGUGGUUUUGGUGCUGGUGCUGGGGCUGGCUUCGGUGGUGGAGCUGGAUUCGGAGGUGGCGGCGGUCACUAGCUAAUUAACUCACGAGUUUCUGCUGCAACUGCAGAAAGGAAUGAAUUAAUUUACUGCUGAUUAACUACGUUAGCUAUUUCCUUAUUUUGGAGUUUUAUUCUUCUUUCCUCUUUAAUCCUGCAAUUUCUAGCUCAAUCUAAGAAUGUCUUCUUCAAUCUUCAUGCAAACGAAGAGAAAAGUGUAUUCUUUGUGCAUGGGAAGCAUUUUGUUAUUUUACAUAUAAUUUCCCCCUUA